CACAGCUAACCUUUAACCAACAAUGAAUUGCAUCAAAGCCGUGAUUGCGUGUUGCCUCCUAGUGGCCGUAUCCGGAGGUGUAGACCGAAGGAGAGGCGGACAAGGAUCCAACAGAUUCCUUCCUGGAGGCUUCGGUGGCGUCCAUGGAGGUGGUCUCUUCGGCGGCGGUUUUAAUGGUGGCGGAAUCCAUGGUGGCGGUAUCCAUGGUGGAAUCCACGGUGGUAGUGGUAUUAUUGGCGGUGGAGUCUCCAAUGGCCCAAGUGAAUGCAGAUAUUGGUGCAAGACUCCGGAGGGUCAAGCCUACUGCUGUGAGACGGUUCAUGAACCUGAGACACCUGUUGGUACCAAGCCACUCGACUUGUCCACAAGUCCGUCCCACAUGCCCACGUUUCCAUGGGCCACCCACAACCUGUUCCAACGACUACAAGUGUGCAGGCCUCGAUAAGUGUUGCUUCGACAGGUGUUUGGGAGAACACGUAUG